GUUUGUAGCCAGCCUGUGUCGUAUCAUAUUAAACUUCACGCUUUGGCCGGCUAUGAACCAAUGAGUGACCUUGUGUGAACUUUUUUAAUUAGUUUUUAAGAUUAUGGAUAUUGAUAAAAAAAUCUGACCUCGGAUCUCACCCAGGUCAUCCUCUUUUGUUAGUUAUAGUGCAUUUAUGUUCAAAAAGUUAGAAUAACUAAAGUUUCUUUAAAGUUUGAAGUCUUUUGUUUGGAACAGGAGGAAGCAGAAGGUUGUAAGAAAUGGGAGGUAAAUUUUCAUCACUUGAUCCAAAAGAAAUUGAAGUUCCUAAGCUUCAUGUUAUGUUGGAAAGAGAUGGUUAUUUAAAACCAUAUGAGACUGAAUACAGACGCAGGUAUGCCUGCUUCUUGGAUUAUGUUGAUAAGGUGUCAGAAGGUGAAGGAGGACUGGAAAAUUUUACUCAGGGAUAUAAAUGGUUUGGGAUCCACAUCAAUUCCGACAACUCUGUCACAGCGAGGGAGUGGGCUCCUGGAGCUACUGAACUGUUCUUGUUUGGAGAUUUCAAUCAAUGGAAUAAGUUUGCCCAUCCUUACAAGAAACUUGAGUAUGGGAAGUGGGAACUGCACAUUCCUCCAAAUGAAGAUGGAUCUUGUGUCAUGAAACAUUUGUCAGAAGUCAAGGUAACAUUUAGAGUCUUAUUUAGAUUUCUUUUUUAUACUUAUGGUUUACAAUACAUCAGUAUUCUAUAGUUUGAUUGCCAUAAA